UGGAGUUAAUUCAUAGGAAUCCGUUCUGUGCAGUUUUACGUCAACUGUCUGCUUAAGGAAUGAGGAAUUGAGUUGACCCUUCAGUGAUAUAACUGCUUCUUAAAUUUUGUAUACAUACUAUGACAUAAAAAGCUACUCACACGGAUCAUAACAAUUUUAAGAGAAACUUUGAACUGGCGGGCGAAUAUAUAACAUUUCCUACACGAGAGGUACACGAACAACGUGCCGCCGCUGUUAUGGAUGUCCUGAGAAGACCUGCUGUUAUGGAGGAUGCGGUGACCUACCGGCUGUUUCUGGUUGUACCUGAUCUAUCGGAGGAGCAAAAGCGAGAACAGACCUUGCAGGCUAUGGCACAGGAGAUCAUGGCAGAGGUUGCCCCGCUGCUCAUUCAGUAUAUCUGGCAAAACCAGCCAUUCAGUUUAAAGUACUACCCUGAGAAAGGUGGUGUUCCAGCACACAUUGGAGGAUACACACAGUUUGGGGACAAUGUGGAGGAUGAGUGGUUCAUCGUAUACCUCUUACAGCGAAUCACACGCACCUUCCCCAAGCUGGCAGCCAGUGUGGAGGACAACGACGGCCAGUUCCUUCUAAUCGAAGCAGCCGAUCACCUCCCCAAGUGGCUCAACCCGGAGAGCAGUGAAAACAGGGUGUUUCUCUUCCAAGGCGAGUUGCACAUCCUGCCCGUUCCUUCGCGUGGGGUAGACAUUGGCCUACCCCGAGAUGUCACGCCUAGUUUGACCCAAGCCCUGGCUUUCCUCUCCACCCACAAAGAAGCAUGCCUGGCCAUUCAUAAGAUCCGUUCCUCAGUGGAAAAACGGCUCCAAGGGUACCCAGAGAGGAUCAGAGCUGGCCUGCACCAUGCACACUGCUUUGUACCGGCGGGCAUUGCAGGCGUGUUGGCCCAUCGACCAGACCUCCUGGCCCCGGCUGUGUCCGCCUUUUACCUGCGAGACCCCCUGGACCUGCAGGCCUGCCGUACCUUCCAAACCUUCCCCCCGGAGACCCGAGUCCUCACCAUGGUGACGUUCACGAGGUGCCUGUAUGCUCAGCUGCUGCAGCAGCGCUUCACUCCUGACCGGCGUAGUGGCUUCACCCUGCCCGCCCCCACACACCCACAGCACCGCGCUCACGAGCUGGGCAUGAAGCUGGCCCACGGGUUCGAGAUCCUGUGCUCAAAGUGCCGCCAGCCCUCCACUGAGCCGGAUGCCCCAGUUAGCUGUAGUCCCCUUUGGAAAGGGUUCCUGGACAGUCUGACGAAGAACGAUUAUUUCAGAGGGGAGAUGGUGGGAUCUGUGCGCUACAGAGAGCUGAUGACUUCAGCAGAGAACUUCUUCAGGCAGUCAGUGUCCACUCCUGAGAGUGUAAGGUCUCCAGGGCAGGAGGUGCUGCAGGUUUUACAGAGCUGCCCCUUUAGCCUUGAGGAGCUCAGAAAACAGGAGGCUCACCUCCCUCCAGAGGACAGUGACAGCUGGCUAGACAUGACACCACAGGACCUUGAGCGUCUGUUGGAGGAGAGAGCAGGUCGGGGGGCGUGCAGCUCAGACCCUCACCAAGGCGACGGGACAGAGACAGCCAAUCAGGAGGAGUCUGGGUACAGCCUGGUGGCGGUGACGCAGGGAAUGAAGAAAUUCAUCAACACCGUGUCCUCGCACGAGGGAGCCGAGCUGCCCUGGUCCCUUUCAAAUGAACCUUUCAGUUUUGAUCCAAACUCCGUGGCUGCUGCAUUCGACAGAUUGCUAGGAGGCCCAGAGCAGGAGCUGGAUUCAGAUGAUCUUGAUGAUGAUGAUGAUGAUGAUGAUGAGGAUGAUGGUGAUGAUGAUGAUGAAGGUGUGGUUGAGUCUGAGGGUGGAGGUCCUGAGGGUGUACGUGCUGGAGAGGAGGGUGCAGAGGCUUUGGGAAAGCUCCAGAAAUACAUGGCUGAGAUGGACCAGGAGCUCAUGGGCACCAACAUUGGACAGAGCUUCACUCAGAAUGGCGGCAACAGACCGGGUCCAGCAGAGUCACCGGUUCAGCCCGGGAGCAGUGAGGAAGAGGAGAUCCUGCCCCUGGAUGUGGAUCUGAAUCUGGUCACCAACCUGCUGGAGUCUCUCAGCUCCCAGGCUGGUCUGGCUGGACCUGCCUCCAACCUCCUCCAAAGCCUGGGCAUCCACCUCCCGCCUAAUGCAGACCGCUGAACACACACACACUUCACACACACUUCACACACACCUCACACACUCAUGAUCAUGGGUUCAUAAAGGUGUUGUAUAAAGAACAUGCAGUUUUGUACCAAGUGUAUUUAUUCUUCUGUGCCGUGAUGCACAUGAAAAGUUUAAUAAAGCAGCUAUUUUGUG